AUGAGGCGAUUUUGCAUUGUGAAUGCCUUGCGUAGCAGUGGCGUAGUGUUUCUUACCACAGCCACGCCACCGAGCACCAACAGUACUGCCGCUGCAAAUAACGCAAUGAAAAGUUCUCAGUUUGCGUUGCCUUUGAAUAGACAAAUCCGACAUGGCCUUAGCUCGGACUGGCGCGAACAGGUGCGGCGUUCGGGCGGCGUUCUAAAUGACAUCUCGCCCGCUCUACCGGACAGUAAUCGCACCGACGAUCAGCGAAAGCGUGUUGCGGGUUGGCAACCGGUAGUGAAGCUCCUGGGCGACCAGCGGCUUCGAGUGGCAAUUGUUGGCCGCAUGAACAGCGGCAAAUCGUCUCUUUUUAAUUUACUGAGCGAAGACCCGACGAUGCCACAUCGGAAAAACAUUGUCCGUGACUUUGACGGCAUCACGCGUGACUCGGUGGAGGGCCAUGCCCAGCUGGAGGGAAUGCACUUCACCAUCAUUGACACGCCGGGUAUGGUGAACGGAAAACUGGUGGAGGAGGCAUUUCGUACCGUGGAAACGGCGGAUGCUGCCAUUUUUGUUACAUCCGUUGACGAGGAUUUGCAUUCAGCUGAAUUUGACCUCAUUCAUUACCUGCAACUCAAAUGUAUGCCAACAUUCGUGUUGGUGAACAAGAUGGAUCUCGUUCCGUUAGACGAAGAGGACCGAGUUCUUGAGCGAUACAAUGAACUCGGACUAGGCAAUGCCAUUCCAUUCUCCGCACGACGCAAAUCGGGGAUGGAAAUGCUUGCAGCCGUGUUGGAGCCAUUGUACCACAUCCACUCUAUGCAAAAGGUGGAAAAUGACUGGGACAUUGAGGACCUUGCCAUGCAGGGGGAUGAGUCCGCCAUGGAGGAGAUACGUGACCGCAACUGCGCAGAUCGCUUUAUUCGCAUAGCGCUGGUAGGGAGAACGAAUAGUGGCAAAUCAAGUUUAAUCAAUCGUUUAGUGGGCUUUGAGCGCAGCCGUGCUGUCGAUGAGAAGAAUUCCACACGUGAUCCGGUAGAGCUACCAUGUAUCUAUAAGGGACGUAAAGUGAAACUCAUUGAUACUGCUGGUCUGACAAGAAAUCGAUUCCGUGCCGACCGUGAUUUUAUUGGCCGUAUUCAUGAUCUUUCAGUAAAUGAGAUUCGCUACGCUCAUGUGGUGAUUGUUGUUUUUGAUGCCACAGAGGGCCACCCGAACAAGUAUGACAUGGCUGUGUUACAUUCUGUUGCCGCAGAGGGGCGACCUUUUUUACUGUGUGCCAACAAGUGGGAUGCGGUUCUGGAUCAGAGUGCAACCGCAGAGGCUAUUGACUUUAAAAUCAAGCGACAGGUACGAGAGGUGAAAUAUAGCAACGCUGUCGUUGUCUCUGCUCACACAGGACUGAAUCUCACUCUACUUAUGGACCAGGCAUUAUUACUUUAUGAUACAUGGAACAAACGUGUGCGCCGUGCGGAGCUGACACGUCUCUGGCGCAAGAUGGAGAAGUCUGUUAUCAUUCCAUACCACGUUGCCCGUGUAGGACGCAUCACGCAGGUAAAUACACGUCCACCGACCUUCUUGCUUCAUUUGCAGACGAAGAAUGAUGAAAACACAUUGCCAAGGGCACUUCAGGAAAUGAUGAAAAAUACAAUUGUGGAGGAGUUUGACUUUCGUGGGGUUCCCAUCCGUCUUAUUCAGGAAGUAAAGGACUCUAACCCCGACUACAUUUAA